ACCUGCACAAAAAGAUUAUUGAUUAAGAAACAUGAUUCAUUUAAGGCACCAUAAUUGAGAUGAAAUGGUACAGGAGAUGAAUUUAGGCCAAGAAGUGAGACAGAGUGAUAAGUAAUAUGCAGAGAACAAAGUUGGGAUUUUGCCUGUUUUUAGGACUGUUGGGUCUCAUUGCCCUGUCCACUGCCAUUGCUGCUGAAUUCAAGCACACCAAGGCUGAUCAGGUGAAAUAUGAGCAUGGAGAAUGCACUCUUCCAAGCAGCCCUGCAUUGUGGUUGGGAAUCAUAGCAGCAAUAGCCCUUGUGGCUGCCCAAUUGUCAGCCAAUGCAAUGGGAGGCUGUGUGUGUUGUUGUACAGAGAAUGUGCACAAAAUCUCUUCCAGAAAUAGAUCCAUUGCUAUUCUCUGCCUCUUCGUCUCUUGGUUAACUUUUGGAUUUGCACUUUUUCUACUGGUGGCUGGGGCAGGCAUGAAUGAGAGCCAGCCAUACAAAAGACAGUGGAUGGAUAAGGAGUGUUAUGUUGUUAAAACUGGAAUUUUUGCUGCUGCAGGAGCCUUGUCUCUGUUCACAGUAAUGCUUUCCAUGGUUUUUUACUUGGCUAUAACUACAAACAAGGUGGAAGAUGAGAGAGUUGAGAAUGCUAAUGGUGGACCCCAUGAACACAUAGCAGCAGUUGAUGUCGAUGGUACUAAGGAGCUACCCUCCAAGUAGUGGGAAGUGUUCAAUUUUUACUUGGCUAUAACUACAAACAAGGUGGAAGAUGUGAGAGUUGAGAAUGUUAAUAAUGGAUCCCAUGAACAUAUCCGAGUUGAUGUGGGUUAUCCUAAUGGUACUAAGGAGCUACACUCCAAGUAAUAGGAAGUGUUCGAACCACUCAAGUAGAAGCACAUUUUUUUAAUAUAGUAUAAGUAUUGAUGAUAUUACCUAAUAAUUGGGGGCUUUCAUUUUAUUUUUCUUAUUGGCCAACAUAGAUUUUAUAUGUUAAUUUGUUAGUUGAAAAACUAUCAUGCUACGAUGGGAAGCAUUUUCCUAUGAUGUAUUUUUCUUAUUUUGUUUUUCCUAAUUGGAAAAAAAUAAAAUUAUAUCAUUUUUAAUGAUAUUUGAAAUAUAUUAAACUUUA